GUGUUGCCAACUUUGCCGCCCCCCCAUCUCGUACGACAUGUGACAAAAAUAUUUGACCACUUAAACUCCUCAACUUGUCCUCAGUGACCUCACCAAGUUUGAAGAUGAUCACACGAAAGCUAUUGGACAAGUUUGUUCAAAUACCAUUGGUGCAACAUGGCCGAAAUCAACCCGGAUUUGGCAUGCAAUCCAAGAUGGCGGCCUUCCUGUAGGAUUCACAGAAAAGUCACCAUCGACUUUUCUGAUCGUCACAACCUAAUAAACAUGUGUACCAAAUUUUGUUCACAUAUGUUAAACCUGACAUCAGAUGACCUAAUGGAAGUUUUUUUCUUUCAGUUUCCAAUUUUUGACUGACAUUCCUCAAAUCACUUUCAGAUGUCAAUUUGUUACGAAAUUUCUUUCAGUUUCAAUAGGGUUCUACGCAGCUUGUGCAAGAAUAACAACAAUAACAGGCACAAUGUGAAUCUUUUCUAGUCGGUCUUGUUAUCAGGGAAAAUAGACUUGUGCUGUACAUGUUAUCACUAAAUUCAUUUGUACUUUUAUUGAGAUUAGGAUUUAGCAAGUAUAUAUUAAAGUCUUGACAAAUAAGUCACCUCUGUAUGGAUACAAAGACCAAGUCAUCAAAUUAUAAAAUGUAUUUGUAUGAUUAAAAUGAUCUGUCUUAUUCAUGAUGCAUAAGAAAAUGCUGUUCUCAUGCUGUUCUUGUUUGUCUUUACUGUAACUAUUAGGGGCCUCUGGUGUGACGGUGUGACGAAGCCGCUCAACAGACUCAUGAACUUUUCAAAUGCGGGCAGAAAUGCAACGACGGUCGUCGUCCGGGACAAUUUACAGGCGGCCAUCAUCAAGAACGUGAUCACUGUGGUUCUCUGCAUCUCCAUCAACUACAUCAAUGGCACCCUGGUGCACACGUUCGCAAAACACCAGGUUUUCAACAUGAACCCUCGCUACAUCCUGUACAUCCAUAUGGUGAUCAACGAUAUCAUCCUCCUGACCAUGUUCACCCUCCUUCAUGUGCUGAGUUACAUCGUGUUCACUCUCAAUGUCUCCUUCUGUACAGUUCUGUUGCUUAUAAGUGUAUAUACAACCACCAACAAUCCUCUGACGCUCGCCGUCAUGGCAUUAGAGUGUUACGUCGCCAUAUGCUUCCCGCUCCGACACUCUAGGAUCUGUACAGUCAAGAAAACGUACGCUGUGAUCGGACUGAUAUGGAUGCUGAGUUCAUUCGUAAUCUUGCCAGACUUAUUUGUCACACUGGCCACAGAAACCACGGAAUAUUUUAAUUCUAGAAUUUUCUGUUUUUUAACAAACCUUUUCAGACAUCCUUAUAUUAGAGGGAAGAGAGACAUCGUCAACCAAGUAUUUAUGGUCAGUGUUUGGAUCGUUCUAUUCUACACAUAUUUCAGGAUCCUCACCACUGCAAAGGCAGCUGCUACAGACGCCAAGAAGGCGAGGAACACUGUCCUCCUCCACGGCUUCCAGCUGCUGCUGUGUAUGCUCACCUAUGUGCAUUUUUUAACCAUUGAAGGCCUGACAUCCUUGUUCCCAAAAGCAGGUCUGGCCAUUCGCUUUGCCGUCUCAAUAUUUAUUCACGUUCUUCCACGACUCAUCAGUCCGGUGGUUUACGGGCUGCGAGACAAGACUUUCAGAAAGUACCUGAAAAAUCUGUUACAUUCAACAUGUGCUGACACUAAAGAACACAAAAGACAGAAAAUAAAUCCAAAAAGGACUUUGUGAAGUUAUGUUGUAGUUGCUCCUGCUAUGCUAGCACAUGUAUUUUGAAAAUAGAAAACAAUAUGAUAUAAAUACAGGUGGAGACAUUGUGACGGUGAUUACAGUGCUUUUGUCCCGGUGUUUAGCUUCAAGUACAACUGCUUUUUUUUGUCUUUGAACAAAUAAAAGGAAGGAAUCAAUUUUA